UCUGCAACCAAACAAUAAUUUUUCAUAGUAACACUAACACUUAAACUUCUUCUGCACAAGAAUAAAUUAUGGGAAUAUCUCUUCCUUUAAUUCUGCUUAUUAUGGCUAUGUCACUGCCACUGCCACUUUCAUUUGGAAUAAAACAAAACCAACUUUCUUACAAUUACUACAAACUUUCUUGUCCAAAUUUGGAAAGUACAAUAAAGAAAGAAUUGCUGACCUUAUUCUUGACAGAUGCUACUGCACCAGCAGCAUUUCUCAGGCUCAUGUUUCAUGACUGCCAAGUUCAGGGAUGUGAUGCCUCCAUUUUAUUGGAUUCAAAUUAUGAUACUCACAGUUCUGAAAUGGUAUCUGCGAAAAACUUUGGAAUCAGAAAAAGAGAAAUAAUCAGUGACAUAAAAGCAAUAUUAGAAGAAGAAUGUCCAGGACAAGUGUCUUGUGCAGAUAUCAUUGUAUUAGCUGCUAAGGUAUCAGUGUCACUCUCUGGAGGACCACAUAUUCAGAUCCCACUUGGAAGAAAAGAUUCAAGAACUUCUAGUUUCAAAGAAGCUGAUGCUAAGCUUCCUUCACCUACAAUAUCAGUUGAUCAAUUUAUAUCCAUUUUCAAAUCUAAAGGAAUGAGCAUUGAAGAAUCUGUUUCCAUUUUAGGUGCACAUACAUUAGGUGUUGGACACUGCUUAAAUAUUGUAGGUAGAUUGUAUGAUCAACGAAUAGGAGACAAUAUGGAUUUGAGGUUUGAAGCCUCCCUAAGACUAACAUGCCCAACUGAGAUUCCUCUGACAAAUAUCACAUUUGUGCCUAAUGACAUGACCCCUAUAAUAUUUGACAACGAAUAUUACAGAGACAUUAUGAAUGGGAGAGGUUUAUUUGGUAUUGACUCAGACAUUUCUAGAGAUCCAAGAACUGCACCCUUUGUUAUGAGGUUUGCUAUGGAUCAUAGAUACUUCUUUGAAGUCUUCUCAUCUGCAUUUGUUAAGCUUUCUUCUACCAAUGUCCUCACAAAUAUGCAGGGUGAAGUCAGAAGGAAAUGCAACCAGGUAAACUAACGGAGUGAAAAUGUUAGGCAAUUAAAUUAUUUUCUAUUUGAUUGUAUGAUAUAAUGCAAGCACCAUGCUUGUCCAAUUCAUUUGUACUUCUAUUGAUAAUUUAUUCACCCAACGAUUUAUUUGUUAUCAUGUUACCGCUUUUAAUUGAUUGAUAUUUGAUUUUAUUUUUA